AUGGUGUCUACCAAGAAGAAGGAGAGGAGGAGGAGGCGGCACAAGCAGGACAAGAAGCCGAAACAGUUGAAGGCACAGGUGCAGACAGGGAGCUUUCAGGAACCUGUGUCUGAGCCAGGCUUGCUGCACAAGUGUCUCCUGAACAGCUACCUGCAUGAUAUAGUCAUGUUCAAACAGCAGCUAAGGCCACAAGAAAUAGCCUGCUACUCCAGUUUGAAUGAGAGCAUGUCGUUGUUAGCUCACCCAUACCAGCCCAGUGGCAUCAGGAUGACCCUGGAGAACGCUGAUCUCUGGCAGUCCUUUCACAGCAUCGGUACAGAGAUGAUUAUCACAAAACAUGGAAGGAGGAUGUUUCCACACUGCAGCGUCAGGGUAUCCGGGCUCCAACCUUUUACCAACUACGUCAUCACGAUGGACAUCGUUCCUGUAGAUGGCUUCAAGUACAAGUGGAAAAAGGAGCAAUGGGAGAUCGCAGGAGCAGCAGACCCCCACCCCCCGUGUCGUACAUACACGCACCCAGACUCUCCUGCGCCAGGAAGGCACUGGAUGAAGCAGCCACUAUCUUUCCCCAAGCUUAAGCUCACCAACAAUACCUUGAAUCAGCAUGGCCAUAUCAUCCUGCUCUCCAUGCAUCGCUACUACCCGAGGUUUCAUGUGGUCCAGGCAGAUAACCCGUACACUCUCCGCUGGGGCCCUGUGCAGAGCUUCUCAUUCCCAGAGACGGCGUUCACUGCAGUCACUGCUUACCAAAACCCAAAGAUUACCAAACUGAAAAUUGAUCACAACCCCUUCGCUAAAGGCUUCAGGGAAGGAGGCACUCAUUCUCACAGUAAGAGGUAA